GAAGCUAGUUUACAAAAUGAUUUUAAGAACUUUUCUGUUAUUGCUGAAAUUCAUUGAUUUUACUGAUUCUUUUAGAGUACAGACGGAAGAUUUCCCCCUGUUGAUGCCAAACAGCAAACCAAUUUUACCUGAAACCUAUCUUUGCACAACUUUACGCCUUGAUGAAAACAAUACUUACUACAUAGUUGGGUUUGAACCCCAGGCUGAAGAGUAUAGGGCUCAUCAUAUGCUACUCUACGGGUGUAAACAACCAGGGGAGAAGGAACCAAUAUUUAGUUGUGGAGAAAUGGGUACUUCACUAGACGGAACUAAACGAGCCUCACCCUGCAGAUCUGGUCAGAAGAUAAUCUACGCCUGGGCUAAGAAUGCUCCUAAGCUUGAUCUACCCAAGGGGGUCGGAUUCAAGGUUGGAGGUCCAGGAGCUGAUGUCAAGUACCUUGUACUACAGGUUCACUACGCUAGAGUUGAUAAAAUACCAACCGAGGGAGAUACAUCUGGUGUUGUACUUAAGUACACUAAUAUACCUCAACCCAGGAGUGCUGGAGUGUACUUUGUUGGUACAGGAGGACUUAUUCCCCCACAGUCAACUACACAUAUGGAAGCAGCCUGUACUCUUAGAGAAAACCUUGAAAUUCAUCCAUUUGCCUUCAGAACCCACACUCAUUCAUUGGGCAGGGUUGUUUCAGGAUGGAAGGUUGGGAAGGGGAUGGAGUGGACACUGAUUGGUAAAAAGGAUCCUCAGUUACCACAGAUGUUUUAUCCGGUUGAGAAUACUUUAACAUUGAACAAAGGAGACACUGUUGCAGCUCGUUGCACAAUGGUCAGCUACAGGUCUCGUAUAACCUGGGUAGGAGCUACGGAUGAAGAUGAAAUGUGUAAUUUCUACAUUAUGCAUAGGUCUCGUAUAACCUGGGUAGGAGCUACGGAUGAAGAUGAAAUGUGUAAUUUUUACAUUAUGUAUAGGUCUCGUAUAACCUGGGUAGGAGCUACGGAUGAAGAUGAAAUGUGUAAUUUCUACAUUAUGUACUGGGUCAGCGGAGAUAAAAUACUCAAUAAUGAAGUGUGUAGAUCAAUGGGUCCUCCUGUAUACUCCUGGUCCGGUUGGUUGGUUGGAGGAGGACUUAGUAAUAUACCACAGGACGCAUCUUCAUUGGAAUAGAAUACAGAGAACACUUUAUUAUUGGAAUAGAAUACAGAGAACAUGUUAUUAUUGGAAUAGAAUACAGAGACACUUUAUUAUUGGAAUAGAAUACAGAGGGUGCAUCAUCAAUGGAAUGGAAUACAGAGGACGGAUCAUCAAUGGAAUAGAAUAUUUAAGAGGACAUUGUCAUUGGAAUAGAAUACAGAGGACACUUUAUAAUUGGAAUAGAAUACAGAGGACACUUUAUUAUUGGAAUAGAAUACAGAGGACACUUUAUAAUUGGAAUAGAAUACAGAGGAUACUUUAUUAUUGGAAUAGAAUACAGAGGACACUUUAUUUUUGGAAUAGAAUACAGAGGACACUUUAUUAUUGGAAUAGAAUACAGAGGACACUUUAUUAUUGGAAUAGAAUACAGAGGACACUUUAUUUUUGGAAUAGAAUACAAAGGACACUUUAUUAUUGGAAUAGAAUACAGAGAACACUUUAUUAUUGGAAUAGAAUACAGAGGACACUUUAUUAUUGGAAUAGAAUACAGAGGACACUUUAUUAUUGGAAUAGAAUACAGAGGACACUUACAAAAUAAACCAAAGGUCGCUUUUUGGAAUAGAGUCUAAAGCUCUCAAUGUUACGGUUUAACCAAAUUUUUUUUUGUCAUACUAGGUAUGCAAUUGUUAAAUUUUGUUUGAGAUAUUUAUGUUGUAAAAUUUCGGUCAUUUUUUAAUUUGAAAUAUAUACUGCACUCUUU